UAUAUUGCAAUUAAGAUCAAAAUUUUCUUAUCACUCAGAUAAUUAUGGGGUCACAAACUCAGCCAGCUAAGGUUCCUAUUGUAGAUUUAUCAAAAGAGAACUUGAAGCCUGGUACAGAUGCAUGGCUCUCGGCAAGCAAGGAAAUCAAGUAUGCUCUUGAAGAGUAUGGCUGCUUUGAAGCUAUUUACAGUAAAGUUCCUUUGGAACUUCACAACUCAACAUUUUCUGUGCUGGAAGAACUUUUCAAUCUUCCCUUGGAAACUAAAAUGCAGAAGACGAGUGACAGGCCUUAUCACAGCUAUUUCGGACAAUAUUCCUUCCUUCCUCUCUACGAAUCCUUGGGUGUCGAUAACCCGACGACAUCAGAAGAAGUUCAACGAUUCACAAGUAUCAUGUGGCCUGAAGGAAAUGACAAGUUCCGGGAUAGUGCUCAUUCCUACUCACAGAUAGUGGCAGAAUUGGAUGAAAUUGUGACAAAAAUGGUGUUUGAGAAUUAUGGUGUGGAGAGGUUCUAUGAGUCUCACAAGGCAUCUACAACUUACCUGCUUAGAUGCUUCUACUAUAGAGAACCUCAACCGAAUGAGACUGAUAUGGGAUUGCAUCCUCACACAGAUAAGACCUUCGUAUCCAUACUUCAUCAAUUUGAGAUUAAUGGCUUGCAGAUAAAAACAAAGGACGCACGAUGGAUUGAUGUUGAACCUUCACAUUCAUCUUUCCUAGUCAUGGCAGGCGACGCAUUCAAGGCAUGGAGUAACGACAGGGUACACUCUUGUGAGCACCAAGUAAUCAUGAAAGAAAAGAAAACCAGAUACUCCAUGGGUUUAUUCGCAUUCAAUAAUGGGAUUCUGCAAGUACCUGAAGAGUUAGUCGAUGAGAAACACCCCUUAAUGUACAAGCCUUUCGAUCAUAUGGGUUUCCUUCUUUAUAACAAGACUCCAGAAGGAAUGAAAUCUAAGUGUCCUAUCAAAGACUACUGUGGUGUCUGAGAUCUAUAUCGAUCUAAAAGGAGCGUGGUCGCUUGAAAUAUGGAUUAUAUUAAUUACCUGUUGUCUUUCUGGUGUGUGCAAUUUUAUUUUCAAUUAAGGUUGUUGGUCUAUAUCAUAUUACAUUU